AGUGACGUCCUCAAAGCGUCGAGGCCCUAACCAUGGCUCACACGGCCACAGAAUGGCCACCAGAGGAAACCCUGUCGCUCUGGAAAGGAGAACAAGCCCGGCUGAAAGCGCGCGUGGUGGAUCGGGACACGGAGGCAUGGCAACGGGACCCCAGCUUCUCGGGCUUGCAGAAGGUUGGGGGCGUGGAUGUGUCCUUCGUGAAAGGGGACAGUGUCCGGGCCUGCGCUUCCCUGGUAGUGCUGAGCUAUCCAGAGCUCAAGGUGCUGUAUGAGGACAGCCGCAUGGUUGGCCUGAAGGCCCCCUAUGUGUCCGGCUUCCUGGCCUUCCGAGAGGUACCUUUCCUGGUGGAGUUGGUACAGCGGCUGCAAGAGAAGGAACCAGACCUCAUGCCCCAGGUCCUUCUUGUGGAUGGAAACGGGGUGCUUCACCAACGAGGCUUUGGGGUAGCCUGCCACCUUGGCGUCCUUACCGAGCUGCCCUGCGUCGGGGUGGCCAAGAAGCUCCUGCAGGUAGAAGGACUGGAGAACAAUGCUUCGCACAAGGAGAAGAUUGUGCUCCUGCAGGCUGGGGGAGACACAUUUCCUCUGAUUGGCAACUCUGGGACUGUCCUGGGAAUGGCCCUGAAGAGCCAUGACCACAGCACCAAGCCCCUCUAUGUCUCUGUGGGCCACAGAAUAAGCCUGGAGGUCGCUGUGCGUCUCACCCACCGCUGCUGUAGGUUCCGGAUCCCAGAACCUAUACGCCAGGCUGACAUCCGCUCUCGAGAGUACAUCCGGAGGACUCUAGGACACCGUGGGGAGUCUCCUGCACAGAGAAAGGACAGGAGCCAGAAGGAGAAGAGCACAAAUGCAUGCCCCGCAGGAGGUCCAGGAGCACCUGCAGAUCAAGGCAGGCCUCCUGAGUGCUUCGGCAGAAGCUCCAGCACAGACCUGAGAGACCCUGAGCCAGGCUUCCAGGAGCAGAAGGACCAGCAGUUGAAGGGAACUAGGUGUCAGGAAGACCCAGACCUCUGGCCUCCUUCUCCAGCCUGGGUAUAGUCACCACCCUGAGAAGAUCUCUGGGAACCCUCACCACUACACCCCAGAGGCAACAGUGACUGAAACUCCAGGAGGAUGCAGCAGGCUUCGUCCAGUUUGGGCCAGUGGCUACCAGCCUCCUCCAUCACUGGCUAGUCAGUGUGGUCACCAUGCCCCAGCAGGACCACAUUCCAGACCAGGAAGCACACACAAGCACCAAGAGUACAUGAAGGACUUCAGGCCUCGGGUGCCCAGAGGCUCUGUGGCUGGCAGCCUGUACCAGCACCUGCAGCUCUUCCCUUCCCCCUCUGCUCAAUACAGACCUGGUUCUGGCUUCACGGCUUUAUCCUCAUGGGUCAUUCUGACUUCACCACCCCAGCCACAGUAGACUGUUUGUCAUUCGUGGGGACAGCCAGGCUGCAGCCCCCAAGGUGCCUGCCUGCUGCUGAGCUUGAGAGACCUGCAGUGGGAAAGCCUCAGUUUUGGAGCAGGCUCAAGCGUGGGUGUUGGGGAGUCAGCUGCACAGAGGGUGCCAGAUGGGAAGCUGGUUGAGGCCUAUGGUGAGAAAGCCCCAGGCUUGGCUCCUCACUCCUCUUCCUGCCACCCUCUCACCAGAGAGAGCGUCAAAAUCCCAUCCCACCAAGAAGGCGGGUCUGUUCUAGCCUGGUGGCUUCUUCCCUGGGUGGCCUUAAAGGGGCAACUGAGGCAGGCCAACAGCAUGGCUGCAGUAAGUACCCUGUCCUCCCACACACAUUCUAGGUUCACCAGAGUGGCAGCUGAGGUGGGACACAGAGAUGGCAGGCCUGUGACACAUCUCCUGCCCGAACCCUAGUCCCCAGACUCCCUGGAAGAGAGGUGACAGGUGGUGGGUGAAUACCCCUGGUGGUCUGGAUGGGCUGAGGAUCGGUGAUAGAGGAAGGGGAAGGGUGGGUCUAUGAUCCCCAGACCCAUGUAGAUCCAGUCCACCGCAGUGACUGUCAAGAACCCUUGGGGGUAAGUCUGCUGCUGCAGUCUCUGAUGGAGCUGGCAGCUUGUCCCCACCCCUGGGGGUUCAAGUUUCAGAUAUACUGAAGAUACACACGUGGUCCUGUCACCAAGUAAGUGAGGUGUGGGGCAGGAGGAGGCAACCCCAGGGCCACCAGGGUAUCCACAUCCACCCACUCGCCCUCCCUGGUCUCUCACAAACAUUCUAUGCAUGUGUGCACAGGAGCACGCAUUCACACACAUACACACACUCGUACGUGCGCGCGCGCGCACACACACACACACACACACACACACACACACACACACACACACACACACGUGCGCUUCACGAUCCCUGGCAUUCCUGUGGAAGCCAGAGCUGGAGGGCCUGCCUGCAGCUGGCCCCACCAUCUGCCUUCCUAACUUGCAGACUUCUCCCUUCUCGAGCCCUGUCAAGCCAGAGUUGUGGAGGGGGAUUUAGGGGUGGGGAGAAGCAACGACUGAAGCUCAGCCACAAUGCUAGAACCUCAGGCAAAGCUUGAUGUCAGGUGGGGAGUAAGGCCUGUCCUCCCCUCAUGCAGCCAGACUCCAAAGGAGAAGUAGCUGAGGGCUUCACACAGGGCCCGGCACACAGCAUCCUGAGAAGUGGGGCCCCAGAGGCCAGGGAUCAGCCCUUAAGGACACCCUCACAGAUGUGGACAGAGUCCCCUUCCAGGCCUCACUUGAGCAGACAGCUCCUCCCACUCCUGUGAGCCACCAGAGUGUGGCUGGGGACCCAGCCUGGUCACCCUGUCUCAUCCAUUCACCUCUCAACAGGAGACCUUUUCCCAGGACACACACAGGAGUCAGACCCCAGGGAACCAAGCACACUGAUACCUCUUGGCUUGGCACUUUCCAACACUCAGGCUCCCCUCAUGGGCAGAGUGGCCAUGCCCCCCCUCUGCAACACUCCCUCCAGGGAGAGAGUAGCUCUUGAGGCAGCCGGUACAGCCAGAAGCUGCAAGGGCUCUACCCAUUUCCCCAUAAACUGAGGCGCAGGCCAGAGCCUGAGAGUGGGCUUAUAGACAACUUUUAUGCGAUUUGUUCUGAAAGAAAAUCAGUUAUUAAAUUACAACUCUUUGGCCUUUUGGAUUA